CCUCAUUGCGUGUCGCUGUCCUCACUGCGCAGUGAUUUAGCCUCCAUUUGUUGAUUAGGUGUGCUCUGAAACUGGCUGCGUCGCUUCUCCAACACGCCUCUCGCCCCUGGGCUGUUUGGCUUUUUAAAGAACUGCACGUCUCAAGAGACCCCGGCAAUUAUAUGAACUUCGAGCCCAGGGCUGGCGUAACAUGGCAGCGGCGUCCAGCAGCAACACAUGCGGAGGUAUGGAGCGGUCUCUCCGGGAGCGGGCCCCCCCGCUGCUCACGGACCUCUACCAGUUCACCAUGGCGUACGCGUACUGGCGGGCCGGCCGGCACCAGGAGCCCGCCGUGUUCGAGCUCUUCUUCCGGGACGACCCGUUCGGCGGCGCCUUCUCGCUGUUCGCCGGGCUGCACGACUGCCUCCUGUUCCUGCGCUCGUUUCGCUUCACAGACGAAGAUGUGGAGUUCCUGCGCUCCGUCCUGCCCCCUGUCACCGACCCCGCCUUCUUCCAGUUCCUGCGAGGCCUCGACUGCUCCGGCGUCACACUCCGCUCCAUCCCGGAGGGCACUGUGGUGUUUGCCAGGGUGAGCUCGGCCGCAGCCUUUUCAGGGUGCCUCUCAUGGAGGUGGCAGGUCCGUUAGCUGUGGUUCAACUGCUGGAGACCAGCUUACUGUGUCUAGUCAACUAUGCCAGUCUGGUGUGCAGUAACGCCGCUCGCUUCCGCCUGGCGGCCGGCCCAAAGAGGAAGCUGCUGGAGAUGGGCCUCAGGAGGGCCCAGGGACCAGAUGGAGGGCUCACCGCCUCCCGAUACACACACGUUGGAGGGUUUGAUCUCACCAGUAACGUUCAGGCUGGUUUCCUGUUUGGGAUCCCGGUCGCGGGGACCAUGGCGCACUCGUACGUCACUUCCUUUACCUCCCUGGCGGAGGUCCGGCCACAAACUCUUGUGGCGCUGAACGGCGCCGAUCCGGUGGACAUCAUUUCCUUGACUAAAGACUGGCUGAGUCGUGUGUGUGAGUUUCUGGGAGGUGAGCCCGGGAAGAUCUGCGAGGGCGAGCUGGCAGCCUUUCUGUCCUACGCCAUCGCCUACCCUCAGAACUUCCUGCCUGUGAUUGACAGCUACAGUGUUGGCUGUAGUGGCCUGUUGAACUUCUGCGCUGUGGCCUUGGUGCUGUGUGAAUUGGACUACAGGCCUGUAGGGGUCCGCCUGGACAGCGGGGACCUCUGCAGGCAGUCGCUUGACGUCCGCCGUGUCUUCAGACUCUGCGGCGAACACUUCUCCGUCUCCGCCUUCGACUCGCUGAUCAUCGUUGGGACCAAUAACAUCACGGAGCAAAGCAUGGCGGAGCUCAACAACAAGGAGAAUGAGAUCGAUGUGGUUGGCGUCGGGACACACCUGGUCACCUGCACACGGCAGCCCUCGCUGGGCUGUGUGUAUAAGCUAGUGGAGGUGAGGGGGAUACCCCGGAUGAAGAUCAGUGAGGACCCAGAGAAAAGCACUGUCCCCGGGAGGAAAGCCGUCUACAGGCUGGUAGACGCUGAGGGCCGUCCUUUUCUGGACCUGGUGUGUCUCGCUGUGGAGUCUCCUCCAGAGGCAGGAGUCUCUCUGAGCUGUUACCCUCUGAUGUGUGAUAGCUCCUUGGUCUCAGUUACUCCAGCUCAGGUCACCUGUCUGCGCCAGGAGGUGUUCACCAAAGGACAGGUCACACACCCUCUGUGCAGCGCUGCAGAAACUAGAGUAAAGGUCCAGAGUUCACUCCAGACUCUGCACCCUCGACACAAGAGGCUGCAGGAGCCGGACUCUUACACGGUGGCGCUGUCAGAGAAACUCCAUCACCUGGUCAUAGAGCUCCAGAAAGGAAGCGCCAACAACAGCAACUUUCUUUUAGCCAACUAAAUAUAUUACCUCCUGUUUUGUUGUUGUUGUCUUCUUUUCCAAAGUGCCUGACGGUGAGAGAAGUGCUCCCGAUGAGCCCUGACAUACUCUGCACAUGUAUGUGUUGUGGCCUUUGUCCUCCACAGCUAAUGUCUGUAAAACGAGGUUAAGAUGAGCAGAACUUGACUUUGUUCUUUUGAAGCCCCGAGUGGACAGAUGGAAGCAAACGAAGAACAGCCUCUGGGCUUCAAGGACUUGGUUCCUGCUGGAAACUGUGCUUUGAUGUCUUCAGCUAGAAGAUUUAAAUUGAUGAAAAAAAAAAAAAGGUUGAGCACAGUUCGUCACUCUUUCUACAUUGACAAAUUAUUGUAGUCAAAAUAAGUUAUUAAAUUGCCUUUUGACCUUUGUCCCAAAACAUUGCAAACUGUUGCCUCUCUUUAAAUUGAACAAUAGGUACAAAUAAAACAAUGGUUUAAACUAAUUUAAUUAUUCUCAAGAUCCACUUUAUUGUGAGAUUUACCGCAGAAAAAAGGGUAGUAAGUAGACUUUGAGUUGAGAUUGAUUGUCACACAUCAGUAACGUCUGUGAAUGUUGGGGUCAGAAAGGAUUAUAGAUUUUGAAUUAUAGACUGGUAAUUGUAGAUUUUGAAUUUGUAACCCAAACUCUUAAAUCAUGUGUGUAAUCCUAAUAAAAUAAAUUACAGAUUGA